AUGUGUAAUCCCAAAUCAAAUCAUUUACCGCAUCAGUUCUAUUUACCGGCGCCGAAAAUUGCAGCAACCAAAUAUUCAAUUGAUGAUGAUGAUGAUGAUUCAUUUAGCAGCUACGGUGAAAGUGGUCAUCGUGAAAAUAAUCAUGAUCGUCUACUGAACAAAGGCAAUUUGGCUACAUUUAUAUUACGGAUAAAAGAUAUAGGUUUGACUAAAUCAACCACAACUAUGAG